UUGCGUAAUUGUGAUCGUCCAGAACACUGCUCUUUUCGCCGCUUUUCUGUCCUACAAUCGGACAUUUUGUACCUUCAGGGUCUGUGAUACAGUAAAUAGUGGUCGGAUCUGUAUGUUUUUGAUGCCCUUCAAGUGCGAAUCUACACAAUUUUAUUGCCACUCGCGACUUGAAGGCAGUGCAGUGUACUGUAAUAUUUGACAACCGAGCUCGCGCUGUUGAAGAGGACGAAGAAAAAGUUCGAAGAAAGAAAUAUUCGCAACAUUUCUGCGUGAAGGUAAAUCCAGCUCUGAAGUAGGAUAAAUAUAUAAAUCAGUUAUUCGACUGAGUCAAGCUGCCAACAGUAAAGUUGUGUGAUCAUUUGACCCACAAACAUGUACCGACUUAAGACGUUAAUGCAGGCUGUGAGACCUGCUUUAGUUAAGGAAAGGACUACAUGGAGAAUUGGUGCCCUUGGGGUGCCAAGGAGACGAUAUGUGGCUCCUUUAGCCACAGAACCUUUUUUAAACGGGACUAGUACUGCGUACGUGGAGCAAAUGUACGAUCAAUGGUUGGAGGAUCCCAGCAGUGUUCAUAAGUCAUGGGAUAUCUUCUUCCGAAAUGCUCAGGAUGGUGCCAUGCCUGGUACAGCUUACCAAACACCACAACCUAUAACCGUCCCACUUUCUGUGUCACCUGAAAUGCCGGGUACCAGCCGUCAAGUGCAGGCGAUGCCUUCCAUAACAGUGGACAGACAGCUCAUCGAAGACCAUCUUGUUGUACAGAAUAUUAUCAGGUCUUAUCAGAUUCGUGGACAUAACAUUGCACAGUUGGAUCCCCUUGGAAUCAGUUCUGUGAACCUUGAUGUCAAUAUCCCUACAGAGUUGACCCUUCAGCAUUAUAGGCUAGAAAAGGUUCUUCAGAAUGAACGACAUUGGUUAGGCGAGGCUGAUCUUGACAGAGUGUUUACUUUGCCCCAAGCAACUUACAUCGGUGGAAAUCAACAAGCUCUUCCUCUUAAAGAAAUUAUUAAUCGUCUUGAGUCAACCUAUUGUCGGCAUAUCGGUGUUGAGUUCAUGUUUAUCAAUGACAAACACCAGUGUGACUGGAUCCGUCAGAAAUUUGAAACUCCUGAUGCUAUGAAAUUCACCAAGAUGGACAAGCGUUUGAUUUUGGAGAGAUUAAUCAGAGCCACAAGGUUUGAACAGUUCCUGGCCAGAAAAUGGUCGUCUGAAAAGCGUUUUGGUCUUGAAGGUUGUGAAGUGUUGGUGCCAGCCAUGAAGUGUGUAAUUGAUCAUUGCAGUGCAAGAGGUGUGGAAAGCUUUAUUAUCGGAAUGCCGCACAGAGGUCGUCUCAACGUACUGGCCAAUGUUUGUCGUAAACCGCUAGAACAGCUUUUCUGUCAGUUUGAUCCAAAAUUAGAAGCCGCUGAUGAAGGUUCGGGUGAUGUCAAAUAUCAUCUUGGCAUGUCUCAUGAAAGACACAACCACAUCACUAGUAAGAAUGUACACCUGGCUGUCUGUGCCAAUCCCUCACAUUUAGAAGCUGUGGAUCCAGUUGUACAGGGCAAGACUAGAGCUGAACAGUUCUAUAAGGGUGAUACAGACGGAAAGCGGGUCAUGAGUAUGUUGAUCCAUGGCGAUGCAGCAUUUUCUGGUCAAGGUAUCGUAUAUGAGACGUUCCAUUUAUCUGAUCUACCGGAAUACACUGUGCAUGGUACCAUUCAUAUUGUCGUAAAUAACCAGAUUGGUUUCACAACAGAUCCACGUUUAUCGCGAUCCUCUCCUUACUGCACUGACGUUGCUAGGGUUGUGAAUGCUCCUAUAUUCCAUGUCAAUGCUGACGACCCAGAAGCUGUCAUGUACGUCUGUCAGGUUGCAUCUGAAUGGCGAGCUGAGUUCGGUAAAGAUGUUGUAAUUGAUUUGGUGUGCUAUCGACGCUAUGGCCAUAACGAGCUGGAUGAGCCCAUGUUCACGCAGCCUAUGAUGUACAGGAAGGUCCGUGAUCACCCACAGGUGCUGCAGCUGUAUUCCCGCGCCAAGAUCUCAGAAGGGGUCAUGACACAACAAGAAUUUGAGGAGGAGGAGGGUGAUUAUGAUAGAAUCUGUGAAGAAGCCUAUGUCAAUGCCAAAAGAGAGAAGACAAUACUGAAUCGGGAUUGGUUAGAUUCCCCCUGGAGGGGUUUCUUCAAGGAGGUACCACUUGUGUACCCAAGUACUGGCAUUGAUGAGGAAUCCCUGACUCACAUAGGGAAAGCAUUCAGUGCUUUACCACCUGACUUUGUUGUUCACGGAGGUCUGAAACGUACUUUAAAAUCCCGUGGUGAAAUGGUAAAGAACCGUACUGUGGACUGGGCGUUAGGUGAGGCCAUGGCAUUUGGAUCGCUACUAAAGGAUGGUAUUCAUAUAAGACUCAGCGGACAGGACGUGGAGAGAGGAACAUUCAGUCAUCGUCAUCACGUGCUUCAUCACCAGACUAAAGACAAAGUGACGACAAAACCGUUGAAUAACCUCUACCCUAACCAAGCCGCUUACACUGUAUGCAACAGCUCAUUGUCAGAGUUUGGUGUACUCGGAUUUGAGCUUGGUUUCUCCAUGACCAACCCCAAUGCAUUGGUUUGCUGGGAGGCACAGUUCGGUGACUUCUCCAACACUGCACAGUGUAUUAUUGACCAGUUCAUCAGUAGUGGUCAAGCCAAGUGGAUCCGACAGAGUGGUCUAGUUAUGCUGCUGCCCCAUGGCUAUGAAGGCAUGGGUCCUGAACACUCCAGUGCGCGUCUGGAACGUUUUCUUCAGAUGUGCAAUGAUGAUGCUGAUGUCAUCCCUAAAUAUGAACCUGAAGAUUUCGCAAUUAGACAGUUGCAAGACUGUAACUGGCAGGUGUUGAACUGCAGUACACCAGCCAACUAUUUCCAUGCAUUGCGAAGACAGAUUGCCCUACCCUUCAGAAAACCUCUGAUUAUGAUGACACCAAAAAGUUUGCUACGUCUACCUGAAGCCAGAUCUUCAUUUGAUGAAAUGCUUCCAGAAACAACAUUUCAGCGUAUGUACCUUGAUGACGGACCAGCCUCAGAGGAACCUGAAAAAACAAAGAAACUGAUUCUUUGUACCGGUAGAGUUUACUAUGACAUUGUAAAACAGCGUGAUGAACGAAAUUUGGCAAAGGACAUUGCUAUCAGUCGUAUUGAACAGGUUUGUCCGUUUCCAUCUGAUCUUGUGAAAGCAGAAACUGACAAAUAUCCCAAUGCUAAAUUAAUGUGGGUGCAGGAAGAGCAUAAGAACAUGGGUGCCUGGAGCUACGUACAACCAAGAUGGUCAACUGCUCUGAACAGGGAAAGAAGAUUCCGUUACGCUGGCCGCCCAGCAUCUUCAUCCACUGCUACUGGUAACAAGUUUACCCAUCAAAACGAGCUGCAGAACUUUUUGAAUGCUGCACUUAGUCUGGACUGAGUUAUUGAAGAACACAUGGUUUUUCCUAAAUAUAUCAUAAAUCUGUUACAUCUACUGCUUGUUUGCCCCAAAGUGUUGUUUUCUUAUUCAGACGUGUGAAUGAUCAACUUUUUUGCAUCCUAUGACAUCAAACUUUUAUUUGAUAUAAGCUCGGUGGGGUACAGAUUAGAUUGUUUGGAAAUUUCAGUUUUCCUUCAGAGCGUUUUAAUAUCUGAUUUUUGUUCUCAUGACAAAAAAAAAAGUGCCUUUCUUUGAACUCUUUCUCUCACAAAUGUUCCAAGGAUUUUUUUAAUGUAAGGAUAAAUGGUAAAAUGCUGCUGUUAAUCGGGGAUAAUAUCAAAAAAGAAUGAAUUAGUUAAGCUAUGGAAACUUUUAAAUUUUUUUAAAGGAUUUAACGAGUGAUGCAUCACCCCUUCUUGUCUUCAGUGUUACAUUAUUGUAUAAAACCUAUCAGGGGUGGGUAGAAAUCUUGCAAAGAUUUGUAGAAAAGCGUUGUAUCAUAAAUUUGUAUAAAUCUUACUAAAGGAUUGUUUUAAACAAAGCCCAUGUUUGAUCAUCACAUAUAUUGCCAAAUAUGGUGAUUCAUUAGCCAAAUAUAAUGAUUAAUUACCCAAAUAUGGUGAUUCAUUAGCCAAAUAAGUUUUGCUAUAACAUAUGGUGGAUAUUUACGAUUGGUGGUUGUUGUUGAUGAUGAUGAGGUAAUUUACAUUGAAGUUAAUUAUUAUCCAUAUUUAAAGAGUUUUUGCAAAAACCAGACUGCAGUUUAUUAUUUGAGUGUCCCCAAUGUUUUAUUGAUGUAAAUGCAUAUUAUUAAAUAUUUGAAAUAAGUUGGUCAAGAAA